UUUGCGGGGGAAUUAACUACUGAUUUUGGAAAGCGCUAUCUCGCGUCCCUUUCCAUGGGCUCUUUGAGGGGUAUGAUAAUGUGGUAAGCAGAAUUCUGAGAUGGCCCCCAAGGUCCCCACGCCUGGUGUACAUGCCAUGCAUAAUUCCCUCCCCUUGGAUGUGGGUGAAUUUGAUGGCAUCGCUGUUGUCAUGAUGACAUUAUGUUAUAUGAAACCAUCAUAGCUGACUUGGAGGGCAGUGGGUUGGAAGUCCAAGGGACAUGCUAAGGGUGGCAUUCAGGAAGAACACCCAUGUGGUGAACUGCCUAUGGAGCCACUUUGCAAGGAACAGUAAGCAGCCCCUAGACACUGGGGGCAGUCCCCAGUGGGCAGCAGUCCUACAGUCCCAAGCAACCAAAUUCUGCCAACAUGUGAAUGAGCUUGAAGAUGAGCCCCGAUGAGAACCAAAACUCCAGCCAUCACCUUGAACGCAGCCUUAGGAGACAAGGGCAGAUAUUCCGGCUAAGCUGUGCACAUACUCCCAACGCACAGAAACCAUGAGAUAGUGAAUGUACAUUAUUUUAAACCACUCAAUUUAUGGCAAUUUAUUACCCAGUCGCUGAAAAUGAAUGCGGAUCACAGCUCUGUCCCAACUGUAAAGGUCAGCUGCACGGGGCCAAUAUCAGUUUCUCUUUCACACAUGCCUUAGGGAUCAGUCUUACCAGGACUCGGGGGACAAGCUGUUUUGGAUAUGGUUGGAGCUGAAAUACACCCCUCUCCCCCAGCCACACACACAUUGAGGAUUUGAAAGGUCUGUUUUGGGUGAAAAGAAUUCAUGUUGCUGAGUCUGACACAGCCCUUUCCUGGAUUCUAGGUCCAAUCAAACAUGCAAAGUUAAUUUUUUUUAUUUUUUAGAGCUGGGUAUCAAACUCAGUGCUCCACAUGUGCUUAGCAGGCACUCUACCGCUGAGACACAUCCCCCAAUUAGGACAGACGCAGAGCCUGAUAAACUGAGCUCUCAAAACUGGGGUUCAGGGUCGAACUUUGGAGCACCAAUAAAAUGGGCAUGCACUCUGCGGGUGUUGCUCAUGGAACUAGCCUCCAGUGCAGUGGGCUGCUUGGGAACUCACCCUAAGGGUAGCAGAAUCAAAAUUACAAGGGCCAUGGAUUUUCAAAAGGAAAAGAGCGAGAACAGAGAGCAUUGAUCCGGUUCAAGACUACCCUUAUGAACACUCUGAUGGACGUCCUGCGCCACAGGCCGGGAUGGGUGGAAGUGAAAGACGAAGGGGAGUGGGACUUCUACUGGUGUGACGUCAGCUGGCUCCGGGAGAACUUUGACCACACCUACAUGGACGAGCACGUGCGGAUCUGUCACUUUCGGAACCACUACGAGCUGACCCGCAAGAACUACAUGGUGAAGAACCUGAAGCGCUUCCGGAAGCAGCUGGAGCGCGACGCGGGGAAGCUGGAGGCGGCCAAGUGCGACUUCUUCCCCAAGACCUUCGAGAUGCCCUGCGAGUACCACCUGUUUGUGGAGGAGUUUCGCAAAAACCCGGGGAUCACCUGGAUCAUGAAGCCUGUAGCCCGGUCCCAGGGCAAGGGCAUCUUCCUCUUCCGGAGACUGAAGGACAUCAUGGACUGGAGGAAGGGCACUGCCUGCAAGAAGUUCCAGGGCUUCGAGGCCCAGCCUUCCCGCUACUCCAUCAGUUCCUCUGGAGGCCAUGACCCAAGAAAUUCUGAUGACCAAAGAGAUGAGAUCCCUGUGGAGAACUACGUAGCUCAGCGUUACAUCGAAAAUCCAUACCUGAUCGGAGGUCGCAAGUUUGACCUGCGCGUCUAUGUGCUGGUGAUGUCGUACAUCCCGCUGCGCGCCUGGCUCUACCGCGACGGCUUCGCCCGGUUCUCCAACACGCGCUUCACGCUGAACAGCAUCGACGACCAGUAUGUUCACCUCACCAAUGUCGCUGUGCAAAAGACAUCUCCGGACUACCACCCAAAGAAGGGCUGCAAGUGGAUGCUGCAGCGCUUCCGGCAGUACCUGGCGUCCAGGCACGGGCCCGAGGCGGUGGAGGCGCUCUUCCGCGACAUGGACAACAUCUUCAUCAAGAGCCUGCAGAGUGUGCAGAAGGUGAUCAUCAGCGACAAGCACUGCUUCGAGCUGUAUGGCUACGACAUCCUCAUCGACCAGGACCUCAAGCCGUGGCUCCUGGAGGUCAACGCAUCCCCGUCGCUCACGGCCAGCAGCCAGGAGGACUAUGAGCUCAAGACCCGGCUCCUGCAGGACACACUGCACGUGGUGGACAUGGAGGCCAGGCUCACAGGAAGGGAAAAGCGGGUCGGAGGCUUUGACCUUAUGUGGAAUGAUGGCCCUGUCAGCAGAGAGGAGGGGGCUGCUGACCUGUCAGGGAUGGGAAACUCCGUGACCAACACACACCUCGGCUGUGUCAACGAUCGGAAAAAACAGCUGAGGCAGCUGUUCCGCUCUCUCCAAGCCCAGAAGAAAGCAUCCAGCUGACCCCAGCUGCCAUGGGGAGCCAAGAGGCCCUGCAAGGUGCCACCCCAGAUUCCAGCACAGUGGUACCUCGCGGCCUUUCCCCUCCCUCUCUCCCUCCCUCCAGCUUGGCAGCAGCUUUGCUGGCUAAGCAGCCUCUGCUUGCUGCUUGGAUGGGCCCCUAGGAUCCCUACCCCCACCCUCCAGCUUCUUUGCACCAGGAGACAGCCAAUCCCUGGGACUGGAGGGGCUUUAACCUUGACAGACUGGCUUGGUGAAUGGACCCAAAGAAGACAAGUGCAGCAAGUUCUGCUACCCUAGACAGAUCACAUCUAAUAAAUGAGCACAGGCCUUACUUGGAGGAAA